AUGGCAGGUGCCAAGCGGAAGCUUGACACCGCUCAUGCUCCAGCUGCUUCCGAAGGGGCUUCACAAUCCGCAAACAAUGCUCAAAAUGUUCGCGUCACCAGAAGAAGCGCGGCUUCGCAGGCAAAUCGCGAUCCGCGUGGCAACGACAGGAACCAUAACAAUAGCACUACUACCUCUUCAACCAGUAAUAACAAUAACAGCAACACUCCUGCUCGUCGGUCACGCAUCGUCAAACUAAACACUCGUGGUGCGCUGGCAAAUAAUGCCAAUGCUAAUCCAAUUAAUGCACGCGAGACUCGUACUUCUCGAGGACGAGCCAUAGCUCUCUCAUCUUCGCAGCAGUUGGAACCAGGUGCUUCUGCUCCUUCCCAAGGCCCUGAAACUCCCCGGAUGAAGCGUAUGAAGCGUGGCUCGGUAGUUGAGGAAACCCCUCGAACUACGAGGCAGUCCGCCAGAAUCAGGGCCCUGGGGCCCAACCCACAUGCCUCUUUUGAUGAAGCUGUGGAAGGAAAUCCUUUAGAGCCUAGUCCAACGAAGGCUUCGAGUAGCAGAAACAAGGCUGAAGAUACAGACGAUGCUGCUACUGCAGCCAUCACAAAAUCUCCGUCCCCUGACGAGGCGGACAUCUCCAAAGAAUCCAAAAUUGGAGACACAGAUGCUCCGGAGGACCCAAUAAUCGAAUUGAAUCCCGCCGAAGAAACAUUAGACGCCAAUCUAAACAACGAUGGUGCGUCGACUAAUGCGCAGCAAGAGAUACCCCCACCAUCGCCCAGUCCAUCUCAAAAGGAGCGCAAUUCCCCAGCAGCGGAAGCCAAUGCUUUCACUAGACCAGCAGAUGUCUCUCCAACAGCUUCAGAAAAGAAGCCCAAGCUUGAAGAAGCUGACCUAGAUCGCGCAUUAGAACAGCAACUACAAAAUGGCACGGCAGAGAAACAUGAUUCACUGUCUCACGCGGAUGCCACGGAGGAAUCUAGAGCGGAUGACGAAUCACGUCAGAUUACCGAUGCUGAGGAAUCUAUCGUUUCAAAUGGAAUGGGAUCUACUACCAGACCAACAACCGUCAAAGGGCGCCAGGCAGCGCGCAUUGUUAGGGGUCGGGCCAAGGGUAAAGGUCGUCCAAAGGGCAAGGGACCAGCUGCUCGCCGUGCUGCAGCCGCUGCAGCCGCAGGACGUGACCGACAGAUGGAAAGUCCGGAGUUAAGGCCUGAACGCUCUCCAUCCCCCUUUGCCGCCGCGCGGAAGUUAUUGGACCGCAAGUUGGAGCUGGACCGCGCAUUCAAGAAAGUGGCAGCCGCACAGAGAUUGGCUUUGCAUGUGAUGGCCGUUCGAACAGAAAAUCAACUGGCCCGUGACAAGAAUGCUCAUCAAAAGGUGCCCGAGUUUGAAAAGCUCGAAGCGAUUCUGACAGCAUACCGCCAAAAAAGGCAAGACAUUCUGCGUCACGAAUAUGAAUUCCGAGUUGAGCAGGAGAAUAUCUUGUUCGCCUCUGAACAAGAUCGCCUUGAGCAAAAGUUUCACGCAUCUGCCCGCAAUAUCAAAGAGGAGCACUUUCUUGCCGCGCAAGGUGACUACAUGGCUUUUGUGGAGGGCCGUCGUGCUGCAGAAGAUGAUGAACACACGGAGGCAAAUGGUUCAGAAACAGAGCAGUACAAGAGGCCAGUCGCUCCGCCCACCAGGGAGUUCAUACGGGGUUUCAAUUCAAACCACGUGAGAGAACCUGCUGGAGCGGCAGCUUAUGAACGAGCCGACAAGGGAUGGGAGCAGUUCGUUCAACGCGUGAGACUAGGCGAAGAUAUUGACCCACAGAUGAAGGAGAUGCGGGAGACCCAUGGACCUGAACCCACUAAUCAACCAGCAUAUGGAACAUUAGAGAUGUUGCUAGAGGCGACUAAUGCUAUCGCCAACCAGCCCAUACCUGAAAUCUCUGCUCCUGCUCAAACCGCGUCCGAGAUGCCGGCUAUGGCUUUGUCCGCACUUGCCGAUGUGGCUUCUAGCGAGGUCCCAAUUAGGACCCCGCGGCCAUCCAUGCUUCGUACGCUCCUCCCACAACCAAUGGCGGAUCCACGGCCCUACAUGCUACCACGACCGGGACACCAUCCUUUACCGUCGCAACCGGGGCCGGCGCGGCAACAACCCCGUCCUCUCUUGCCAGCUGGUCAGCAGAUCCCGUCGAUCAAUGAGCAAUUAGGUCUUCCAGACCCUUUUGUUCCUGGCGGCGGGCCUCCUCAGCUUCCACCUCCUCCAGGGUCUAAUUUCCAGCGACCCCCACCGCCGGGUUUUCUGCAGAGUAAUCCGCUUUAUUUCCCGCCUCCGCAUCACCCAUCGGGACCUCGUCCUCCAUAUUAG